ACUUGCCGCAAAUCCUGUUUUGACACUUGACAGCUAAACAUCGGCUGCUUUCGAAAUCCGUUAUCUGAAAGUGCAAUAAACCCCAUUAAACCUUAGUUUCCCCAUUGUUGUUCUGUAUCCUUGGUUUUUUUAUCAUUAAAAUGGCCAGACAUUUUAAAGAACAAGAUAUUGCAGAAUUCAGAGAUUGCUUCUCUCUGUAUGCAAGAAAUGGAUAUAUUGAAACUAUGGAAACUCUGAUGGUCAUCAUGAGAUCACUUAGAACAAGUCCAACACCACCUGAGCUCAAGGUUUAUAUGAAGAAUGGCAAAAUUUCAUUUGCUGACUUCCUAGAAGUCAUGCAUGCUCAUACAGUGAAAGAAAAGUCAUCAAAAGAUAUACAGGCAGCAUUCAGAGCUGCCGAUACAAAUGGUAGAGGUGUUAUUUCCUAUAAAGAGUUGCGCCACAUUCUUUGUGGUUGGGGAGAAAAGCUGUCAACCAAAGAAGUUGAACAAAUAUUUCGUGAAGCACACAUAAAGGCUAAUGCACCAGUGAAAUACGAAGACUUUAUCAAGGUUGUUACCUCCCCAGUUCCAGACUACUACUACUGAAGAAAGCCAUUUAAUGUUUACUUUUACUUCAGCAUUCCAAUGUUUUAAAUAGUUUCUAGACUUACUUAACUUAUAGAACAAUCAGUACAAGGAAAAAAACAAUAAUACAAGGAAAUUUGUAACUA